CUAUUUCUUUAUAUUUUAAUUCUUAACCCACUUGAUAGUAUUUUAUUACCAAUAUAUCUUCCUCCGAAUUGAUAUCGUACAACAUUCUUAUGGUUUCCCAACCUUUGUAUCCUAUGUUCCUAUCCUAUCCAAAUAACUUGACAUUGGCUAAAUGCAUCUAAACUGCGAAGCCAAAAAGGAGAAAAAAAAAAAAAAAAAAUAUUAUUGAAUUAAAAAUUGUUAAUAAAUACAUACAUAUUGUGAUUAUAUUGUGUGUCUCUUACAAAUGUAAUAAAAACAAGGCAUAAUGGCUUCAUCUGAAAUGUUGACAACGUAUAUAGAGAAACUUAGUCACCCUCUAAAAGAAAUUCGAGAACGUUCACUGCAGAUACUAUUAGCAAAAUUGAGACUAGGAUGGGAACUUGAAGACGAGUUGGCCGGAACAAGGCAACUCUUGGAAUCGUUACUUGCAUGGUUUCAUCAUACUAAACCAAGUUUUCAGCGGCAAGCUCUCGAAUUACUUCUUACAGUUAUUAAGACCAAAGCAGGCACUUAUAUAGUAAGGGAAUUUGGAGUGGCAGACAUAAUAAAGACAUUGAACACUCAGAAAGAAAAAAUUGAGGAUGAUGCCAUGGAGGUGUUUGAAGAUGUUAUUGACUCUCUACAAUUUUUGAACACCAUUAGUUCUGAGGAAGACAUUACAGUGCCUAGAUUGCCUUUGCAUGAGAUAAAUUGUUUAGUGAGUGAUGGCGGGUCAAGUGGAUAUUAUAAUGUAGGUGACUUGAAGUCAUCCAAUGAAACUUUGAUUUCCAAUGAUAAUUACAAUUUUAAUAACAGUGACAAAAAUCAACCUGACAUUGUAAUAAGAGUGCUGUUGUUCCCCUGGGUGAAUUUGUGUUCUUCAGAUUUGAAAACGAUGGUGCUAGUAGAAGACGCACUGCGACUUCUUAAAUCUAUUAGGAGGUGUUGCAGAUUUAUUAGAGAUGUGUUUCUGUGUGAUUUUCCACCUGAAAUAUUUCUAAAUCGUCCAAAAAUUGUGCAGAUUCUAAUAUCAAUAUCAGAUGGUGCCCACAAUGGACAUUCGAAUGAAGCCUUACAUGUUUUGCUGUGUGUAACACAAGCAUUGCGUAACAGAUUACUGCAACUCACAUGUCAGGACUUAAUCCAUGAUUCUAUCCAGACUUCCGAUGAUUACGAAAAUCGAGAGGAUAAUGUUAACAUAGAGCUGGAACAAAUAUCGGGUGACGUAGGCAUUAAAUCGUCGUGGAGAGAUGACGGACUUACGGUGUUGAAGCAAUUGCCAGCACCACAAUAUGCGCUAGACACCUUAUAUGCUGUGCUCUCUACUAUUAUUAGAAAUGUGGUGAUGGUUGAUUCAACCGAAAAAACCCAACUGUUGAGUGUGAAAGACAUAAAUACAUGUUUGUGUUUAGUGGAGAGUUUGGUCGAAUUGUUAAUGGACUGUGUGAAUGAAAAUUUUUGGUGUGUGGACCAUAACACGAAAACUUAUCGAGACCUAGCACACAAAAGUUGUAUGGUCAUGCGCUUGAUGGGAGAUCUUAUAAUCAAGUAUAGAAAAUCCUUCUACGAAGAUUCAAGUAGGACUCACCAUCGCAUGGCUUGGCUACGUUUAAUAUUCUGUGCUGAAAAACUUUUGAAUUGGUGUAGAGCAUCCGCAUUGCCUCCGUUGUCUAUGGUGGUGGCUCUGCAGUCGGUACAACUAGACCCAGCAAUCGAGCUCUUUUAUCCUGAUCUGAGUGCUAGGUUAGCGACGUUGUUACAGAAUACAAAGAUGUCCACAGAUCAAGAAUAUAAAAGCAAAUACAGAGAACUGUGUAAAAUAUUUGCGAGUAUGCAGCAUGCCGUUCAGUUUAUAAAGAAUAAAAAUUCAUUUCGGAGCACAAAAAAAGUAUUUGUAUGCAUAAAAAAUACACUUCCAAUUUUAGAAUUGAUUCAAAGUGAACAGUUGUUGGAUGAUAUAGCAGACGUACUUUUAAAGAACUUAGAUACUUUGGAUUUGAAUGACAGCGAAUGGUGUAAUGUAAGAGCCAUAGCGUUAAAUCUGAUGGCGCACAAUGUGGAAUGGAUCAGAGUAAAGUUUUAUCAACGUUUGUCUCACAUGGUGAUAUCGGCUUUCAUGUGUAAUGAAACUUUACAAUCAGAAGGUGAAAAGCGACUUAACUUAUUGUGUGACGUUGGGGUACUGACUGAAAUAUGCUGUCAUGGUCUAUCGUCUCAUACAGAAGAGGUGGAAAAGAGUGCAUCUGAAAUAAUGUUGUACUUACUUCGAGGGAGAUUAAUUCUUAGUGAGAAAUGUUGGUGGCGGUUACUGGCGUGCCUAUUGCCUAUUCUACCACUUCUGCAUGUUUAUGGCGCGCAUGAGACUCAGUUAGGCCAAGCAAUAUGUAAAUCUCUGAAACUGGAUAUAGCUGAAUGUAUGGGAGUGUCCAACGCGGACGUAGUAUCGGGUCUUGUGCGAAUGUUGUUCUUGCGUUGUGUGACAGUGCAACUUGAUGCGGCGCAUUCUCUUUGUCGUCUAUUAGACGACGAUAGAUAUUUGCCUCCAAGAGAGUCUCUUCGAGCGGAUAUUUUGCUAAAUGCCUUGAGAAGAAUUGAACCGCAGGAUUUUAAUGUUGAUCUUACUAGUUCACCAACAAAAAGUACACAGACAACAGGCUUGAUUCAAAUAUUGGACGUAUUGAAACAAGACAUACUGGUUGACGAGCGCGGUCCUGAAGUCCGGUCGCCCGCGCGGCCCACGCUGGAGCCGUCGCUGCGACGCACCACGCUCCAGCAGCUCGCCGUCAUGAUGCGACAACAGGCCUUGCACCAAACCUUCUUGCAGUGCGACGGGCUGCGAAUUAUCGUCGCUACACUCAGGAUGUCACUGCUUGUGGAUGAUUAUCUUGCCUUUCCUGAAUGUUCUAUCAGUUGCGUGUCUAUACUGAACAGCGUUUGCUUCACGAGUCGACAUAGCUUGGCGAAAAUAUCGGACUUGCCAUCGCUUUUAAUUAGAGUGAUACUAGUGUUUCCCGCAAACGAAUCCGCUGUUGUGAUGGCGGCUCAAGUGUUAGCAUUGAUAACGUGGGCAGGCUUCGUUUUACAAGAAUUAGAUUCGGCCCAUCAUCGCGUGCCAGCCCUGCCUCAUAGCGUCACUGAACGUACUUCGCUCCCGUUCAGUGUAAACAGUUAUUGGAAUACUAGUCCUAAUUCGGAACAUUCAUACAUCGAAUGGGUUAUGGGCGAGGAGGAGUGGCGCGCGGCGGUGCGCGUGCGCUGGUGGUGGGCGCUGUCGGGGCGCGCGCGCGUGCUGGCGGCCGCGCCCGCGCCGCCCGCGCCCCCCGCGCCGCCCGCGCCGCCCGCGCUGCAGCCGUGCGCGCGGGACGUGGCCGCGCUCCGGUCGGCUGAACCGCUCUACUGCUGCUCCAAAGCACUAUUGGCGCUGGAGAACGCCACAUCGCAUACACAAGUUAAUGACUCUCUUGCCAUACUGGAAAGCUACAUUAUUCUAUCUCGGAGAUCGUGCGUGCGUUGGGAGGAGUUGGGUGCGUUGCCAUGGCGACACUUGAAGCGUUUCCUCUCAGCGCCGCCGGCCUCGGCCCGAGACAUGGCCUUACUCAUCUCGUUAUUGCACUUUAUAAUUACUUAUAUGGACAACGUGCCUAAUGAAGGUGAACUUUUAUCCUGGAUAAAAUCAUCUUUUAUUGGAAAUGAUGUUUCAAUAAUAUCAUUGUUGAGUCGAGAUCAAUUUUACCCGCAACAAACGGCCCAGGAGGAUAUAGAAGUGACGCAACUACACAUACACAUAGUGAAAGUGUUGUUAAGAUGCAUUUUAAUUCUGGAAGGCGAUUAUGACACCAGCAGAAUGGAGAGUUUAAUAAAAAUAUUAAUGGCUUGUCUGAAUAAAGUCAAUCUAAAGAACUUUCAUAUGUUGGGAUAUCUUAAUGAACUCGUGCAGUGUCUGCGAUACGCAUUGCACUCGAGGCGGUGCAAGUUGUCGGAGGACACUCUGGUGCAGUGCAUGAAGUUGUUGACGCGCGUGAUGUCGGGCUGCGCGACAGGCUCCGCGCGCAAGGGCGAGGCGUGUCGGCUCAACACACUGCUGGCAUUGCUCGCCUUGCUGCGGCAGGCGCAUGACGAAAUGAUACCCGUGCAGCGCUGGAGCGAGUGGUGGGAGAGCGCGGCGGUGCGCGCGGCGGCGGAGUGCGUGCGGGGCGCGCGGGCGGAGGCGCGCGGCGCGGCGCUGCACGUGCUGGCGGCGCUCGCGCACCACGCGCAGCUGCUGCCGCACUUGACGCAAGCUGUGGAAGAGAACUCCCUGUGCGAGUACGCGGCGCGCAUAUUCGCGCAGGAGGGCGAGGCGAGCGCCGUGCGCGCCGCGGCCGCCGCCGUGCUCGCCGCCCUCGCCGCGCGCACAGCGCCGCGGGCCGACGUGAGUACACCCCGGCCUGUACCGCUAGCACCAAUAAUAAACAAUAGGAUAUUCUGCCUUGUUAAGAUCAAAAGCGGUAUCUUAAAAAAAAAAAAACAAAUCUUGAUUUUUAUGUCGUUAGAUAGCUUAAAUGGAGCGAUAUUCCCACACCACUCCGGCACGUAG